GCAGAAUGGCAGAAACAAUUCUACUGUGGUUCUUCUAUCUGACCUCAUUGCUGUGCCACACAACAAAUCAAGCUCGUCUGACUGUGAGCCCCAGCAGCUCUCAGCUGUUUGAAGGUGACUCUUUGUCUCUGAGCUGUGAGGCUGAGGACAGCCCUGCUGGAUGGACUGUGAGGAGGAACACGCCCAAACGACAGAGGAGUCGGUGUGGAGAUGGGUGGGGAAAACAAGUCGGUUCGUCUUGUACCAUCACCUACAGCUUCAGAAGGGACAGUGGUGUUUACUGGUGUGAGUGCGGAGAGGGAAUAACCAGUAACACCGUCAACAUCACUGUGACAGGUGGCCCAGUGAUCCUGCAGAGUCCUGUGCUUCCUGUGAUGGAGGGAGACAGCAUCACGCUGCUCUGUAAAUCAAAGUCCACACAUUCAAACCUCCCAGCUGCUUUCUAUAAAGAUGGCUCCUUCAUCAGGACUGAGUCUACGGGUCACAUGACCAUUCCUCAUGUUUCCCUGUCUGAUGAAGGCCUCUACAAAUGUCACAUCAGUCAUCAUUGAGAGUCUCCACCCAGCUGGAUCACUGUCACAGCCCCACUGACUACGCCGAUCCCAUCCACUGCUCUGCCUACUGAUUCAGCUCCGCCCUUUGUCUCAACUCACCUGCCACUUGUAGCGACCCUGGCCUUCCACCUGAUGGUGUUCUGUUGAUAUUUUAUCUCCACCAUCCUCGUGUUGUCAUUACAUCAACAAGUCCCUCAGAUAACAUUCACUGUCAAAUACUCAGCUGAUCAUUGUAUCUGUUGCGCUUUUCUGUUUUUCUGUCUUAUAGAUACUGUUCAUUUCUAAAAUAUAUGGAGGGUCAAAAAAAUCA